UCGUUAGAAAUUUAAAAAACUACAUUGAAAAUAUAUUUUUUCGAGUCUUACAUUAAAUAAAUUAGAAAAUAUUUGUCUGAAUAUCAUGAUGUCUUAAAUACAUUGUAUUUUGCUCUAGUACAUGUUUUAAUCGUUAUGUGGCGCACUCGAGCUAGUAAAAAGCUUUCUCUAUUACAGCAUAUACUUUUGACUGCUGUGUAUGUUAAAGUUUACCUAAUUUUUAAUGGUAUUUCUAGUAUUUCAGUUGAAGUGAGCUAAGGAUUCGGAUAUACUUGUAUAUAAGUUUUCAACCGAUCACUAAUAUGAAUAGUAAUAUUUCGUGUUAUAGACCAGUUCUUAAUAUGGCACUGCUGCAUUUGAUAAUUAUUUGUUAUUUGUGUCAACAGAGUUACAGCCAAGAUGCUCCUCAGAUUCACCCAUUCCACUUUUCUGAAAAGUUGAAAAAUGGUGAUAGAGUAAACAUUAUUUGUUCUAUAACAUCAGGAAAGAAACCUUUAAAUUUUCAAUGGAUGAAAAAUAAUAUAAUUAUUACAGAAAAAGAAAAUAUAGAAAUAUUUACACAUCCUGAGCAUUCUGUAUUAGCAAUUAAUCCUAUAAACAGUAAUAGCUCUGGAAAUUAUUCUUGUGUUGUAUCGAAUAAAUUCGGUACGACAUCUUACACAGCCAUUUUAGAAGUACCAGUACCGCCUAUCUGGAAACAGGAACCUCAAAAUAUAGAAAGUAUUAUCGGUAACAAUGUAACCAUAGCUUGUCAAGCAAAUGGUUAUCCUCCUCCUACUGUAACAUGGACAAAUAAAGAAAACCAUGUUAAUUCUUUUGAAAUGGAAAAUUCAAAGUUUUAUAAAGUUACUGUCGAAGGAAAUUUGAUUAUAACAAAUAUACAGAAAGAACAAGAAGGAAUAAUGGAAUGUUCUGCGAGAAACGGAAUUGGAGAACUGAAGAAAAUUAUCACUAUUACCGUUAAAGGUGAGAAAAGUAAAUUGAUGUUUCAUAAUAAAAAUUGUUAAUUGUCGAUAAUUAGUAAUGUAUAUAGAGGCAAUUAAGUUUAAAUAAAUGAAAUUUCAAAAAGUGGACAUUCUGAUGUGUGAAACAAUAAGUAUUUUCAACCGUUUUGAUCGGAAUCGUACACAAAGAAUAAUAUUAAUUCAAAAAUUAUUUUUUCGAAGUUUUGUACUUUCUCUAGUAAAUAUUUUCUCCACGCUGUGGCGCUAAGCUAUUUUGCUAUGAUCGUAAUGGUAGUUGUGCAUUCUUCAUUCUCUUGUAAUUUCCUGAAGGAUAUGUAUUGUUAUAUGCAAUUCUAAACGAAAGUUAUCCUUUGUAUUUGGAUUUCGACUAAUACAGAACUUUAGGAACUGUGUUAUCAAGUGAAAAUGAUAUCAUCUACAGUUUUUGUUCUGCUUUUCUAUCAUAUUUUCUGGAUUACUGUCAAAAGCCAAGGUAAGAUUAUGUUUCAUCGAAUUUUAUAAAACACAAAUAGUCUAAAUUUAAAUCUGUUAUAAUAUUGAUUCAAAUUACAUCUUUAACAUAACUUUACAGAACCUCCAGGAAUUAAUCCUUUUAAUUUUCCAUCUAAUUUAAAAAUUGGUGGAAGAGUUAGUGUUAUAUGUGCAGUGAUUUCAGGCUCAAAGCCAUUCAAAAUUUGGUGGGAGAAGGAAAGUAGAACUA